CAGGUCCAGAGUGCGUGCGCGCCCUCGCCUCUUCCUCUUUCUCGGCUCCAUCUUGGUGGCGGCGGCGAGAGGUUCCGCGGCUCGGGUCUCACACACGCGCCGCCUUGCUUCGCCAGUCGCCGACAUGCAGCUGUUCGUCCGCGCGCAGGAGCUCCACACCCUCGAGGUGACCGGCCAGGAGACGGUCGCCCAGAUCAAGGCUCAUGUGGCUUCCCUGGAGGGCAUCGCCCCGGAGGACCAGGUCGUGCUGCUCGCGGGCACCCCGUUGGAGGAUGACGCCGUCCUGGCCCAAUGCGGGGUGCAGGCCCUGAGCACGCUGGAGGUGGCCGGACGCAUGCUGGGGGGUAAAGUCCACGGCUCCCUGGCCCGCGCGGGGAAAGUGCGAGGUCAGACUCCGAAGGUGGCCAAGCAGGAGAAGAAGAAGAAGAAGACAGGCCGGGCCAAGCGGCGCAUGCAGUACAACCGGCGCUUCGUCAACGUUGUUCCCACCUUCGGCAAGAAGAAGGGCCCUAAUGCCAACUCCUAGGGUACCCCGGCAGCCCCGGCACUAAUAAAACUGCUUCACCCAC